GGACGAGACGAUAGUGCAAAUUAUCCAGUGUGGGCACAAAGAACUGUGCAGUGCUAAUUGGAGUAAAAUGGCGCUGUCGUCUGCAGGAGGAACAAAGAAGAAAGUCUGCUAUUAUUAUGAUGGCGACGUAGGUAAUUAUUACUAUGGCCAGGGUCAUCCCAUGAAACCCCACAGGAUCCGUAUGACCCACAACCUCCUGCUCAACUAUGGACUGUACAGGAAGAUGGAGAUAUAUAGACCUCACAAGGCCAACGGAGAGGAGAUGACCAAGUACCACAGUGACGACUACAUCAAGUUCCUGCGUUCCAUCCGGCCAGACAACAUGUCAGAACACAGCAAGCAGAUGCAGAGAUUUAAUGUAGGAGAGGACUGCCCAGUGUUUGACGGCCUGUUUGAGUUCUGUCAGCUCUCAACGGGAGGCUCUGUCGCGGGGGCAGUGAAGCUGAACAAACAGCAGACGGACAUCGCCGUCAACUGGGCCGGAGGACUCCAUCACGCCAAGAAGUCUGAGGCCUCUGGGUUCUGCUACGUCAACGACAUAGUCCUCGCCAUCCUGGAGCUGCUCAAGUACCACCAGAGGGUGUUGUACAUAGACAUCGACAUUCACCAUGGAGACGGAGUGGAAGAGGCUUUCUUCACCACAGACCGGGUCAUGACUGUCUCCUUCCACAAAUAUGGAGAAUACUUCCCUGGUACCGGAGACCUGAGGGACAUUGGAGCAGGGAAGGGGAAGUACUAUGCUGUAAACUACCCUCUCAGAGACGGCAUCGACGACGAGUCUUAUGAAGCCAUCUUCAAACCUGUGAUGGCUAAAGUGAUGGAGAUGUUCCAACCCAGUGCUGUAGUGUUACAGUGUGGAGCGGACUCUCUCUCAGGAGACAGACUGGGCUGCUUCAACCUCACCAUCAAAGGUCAUGCUAAGUGUGUUGAGUACAUGAAGAGUUUCAACCUGCCUCUGUUGAUGUUGGGAGGUGGAGGUUAUACCAUCCGUAACGUGGCCCGCUGCUGGACCUACGAGACCGCCGUGGCUCUGGACAGCACCAUACCUAACGAGCUGCCUUACAACGAUUACUUUGAGUACUUUGGCCCUGACUUCAAGCUCCACAUCAGCCCGUCUAACAUGACCAACCAGAACACCAAUGAUUACCUGGAGAAGAUCAAACAGAGGUUGUUUGAGAACCUGCGUAUGCUGCCCCACGCCCCGGGGGUCCAGAUGCAGGCCAUCCCAGAAGACGCUCCACACCCGGACUCUGGAGAUGAGGAGGACGAGGACCCUGACAAACGCAUCUCCAUCCGGGCCCAUGAUAAGAGGAUAGCUUGUGAAGAGGAGUUCUCUGACUCUGAGGAUGAGGGACAGGGAGGAGGGGGAAGGAGGAACGCUGCCAACCACAAGAAGACCAAGCGAGUCAAGACUGAGGAGGAGAAGGAGAAGGAGGCAGAGGAGAAGAAAGAUGUGAAAGAGGAGAAAGAGACAGAGAAGAUGGACACAACAGGGCCAACAGAAGAAACUAAGACGUCUUGAAGCAGAAGAUGUGCAAUCGAAAUGGACUGUAAAUUAUUCUCUUAACACAGUUUUAGUAUUUCCUCAAAUGUUUUAGCCUGUGUCAGUGUUAAAGAGCACUUCUUUCUUUUUUUUUUACUCAUGUCUCUGCCACCUAUUUAAAUGUUUUGACCGUGUGUUAGUUAUGGAGCCUGAGAAUCAGUAGGGUCCUUUUCAAGUCUCAAAAACCUGGUAGGGAUUCAAUCCAAGGCUAUAGAGCACACUACUCUCUAACAGACUUGAGCUGACGUUUUACAGACGGUUACCGUAGAGGGAAAACGCCUUUACUUUACUGAAGGUGUGUUGUCUAGUGCACUGCUCUAACAGGGCUCGGAUUGAAUUCCUACCUUUUCACUGACCUGAGGUAACUUGAUGAAAGCAAAUCCCCCCCCUGAUAAGACUGAGGCCAUACUGCUUUCACAGUUCUCAGAUCAGUCCAGAAGGAGUCCACUUUCCACUGCAAACAUUCCCAGUUGAACAAUAGUCACCAUCUGGAAAUGUUGUUUUCCACUUCUCCCAGGUUUAGUUUGACUCCUUCCUUUACGUUGUUUUAUAUUAACAAAAUGUUGAAAUGUCUUUUUAUUAGGGCAGGGUUUCCCCAACUGGCAGGCUGAUCGUCCCCCCCCCCAAUUGAUUUUAAUUCAUUGUUGGACAUAAGACUGUAAAAACACAAAGUAUUCCCACAUAAGAUGUGAUCGUGUGCAAUGUUUUGAAAUUGUGUUUGCAAAAAAAAAAAAAAACAGUCUAGAAAGUAAUGCUCCCAGGAACAAUCCAGGCUGUGUUCAGCUUCCCCAUCAAGGAAAACCCCAGCCUACACCGUGGGGAACCAGCUCACGUUUUAAAACCCCUGCUCUUUUCUACUGUAAGGUGACAUAUGGUGCUUGGUUGGGUGUUCAGUUGUGAAAUGUGCAUAUAACUUGUUUUAUAUAGAAAGAAAAAAAAUACAUUUCUCAUUCACUUCGUACUUUUUUUUGUUCUAAAUAACACGUUCUUUGAAAAUGAUAAAAGGCAAUCAUUUGGUUUAUCUAGACAACUUUACAGUUCAUUUCCAACCUUUUUAAAGAAACGUUUGUCAAUUUUCCAUGCAAGUAUAAAACUGAUGUUGCCCAUUAAAAAGCUGUGAUGAGUGCA